UGUUACCAAAUAAAAAUCCGCCACGUCACUACUAAAUGUACGCACUCGUAGCAAUCGAAAAGUUCCGUGGGAUCAUCGAGGAGGAGGGAACCCAAAAGCUUAAACCCUCUCACUGACGCUCUAGGGUUUCGUAAUUCCAGAGUAAGGUUUUUUCGCAGAGCAAAUAUGGCGCUAACUAGGGUUUUCGGUGCGACCGCUGGCAGGGCAUUCAUGGAGGCGGCAGCGAAGAACGCGGCCAAGGUAAAAGCUUCUCCAUCAGGCGGAGCAGCUGCAAAACCCGCGGGGAAGAAGACAUCUAUGGCUAGAGCCAACACCGGCAUACAGAAGCCGGUUCCGGUCUCUUCCGAGCUCGGCAACUUCGUCGGCGCUUCUGAAGUGUCACGAACCGCCGCGGUUAAAAAAGUGUGGGAGUACAUCAAGCAGCAGAAUCUUCAGAAUCCUUCAAAUAAGAGGGAGGUCUUUUGUGAUGCAAAGCUGAAGACUAUUUUUGCUGGGAAGGAUAAGGUUGGGUUCACAGAGAUUGCUACGUUGCUGUCUAGUCAUUUCGGGAAAUCAGGCUGAUAUUCAGCUUUGAAGGUACACUUAAUGAUGGGAACUUGUUCCAGUAUAUUAAAUAGGUUAUUUGGUUUUUAAUUAACAUGGUUUGUGACCAGCUGCUAAGAAACAUGGAAAUUUGUGGUAUCGGACUGGGGGGUUUUGAAAGUGGUGUUAUUUUGUCCACUAACUGCUUUCGCGUUGCUCGGGCUUAAGUAUAUUUUAGAUAUGUGCAUGAUUUUUCCAA